UCAUGCUCCAUUAAGCCGCUGUGAUAGUUUGAGCGUACUAUUGCUUCCGACAAACACUUCCAGCCGGACGGACAUUCACAUACUCCAGUACCGCUGUAUCCCACUUGCUGCUGUGGUUUUGGUUUUGAGAGAGAGGACAGCAUGCUAGCUGUCAAGGCCUUCAGGGAAACCGUGAGGACUAAUGGGGAUUGUUUUACUCUACCUUGUCCUUCACUUCUGGCUCGCCACUGUCGGAGGGACGUGUUCUCAAUUUAACGCUCUCUCCUGUGACGAGUGUCUGCAGCUGGGGCCACAUUGCGCCUGGUGCACACUACAGAAUUUCACCGACUUUUUCUCAAUCAAUGAGAGAUGCGACACACCAGAGGCUCUUCUUCAGAAGGGAUGCUCCGGCGAAUUUGUGGAGUUCCCCGUCACGAAUGUCAAAGUGCUGAAGGAUCAAGGCUUAGGAAAGAGUGCCAGCCACACUAAUGUUUCAUACAUCGCACCGCAGAAGUUGCUCCUCCAGCUUAGGCCAGGAAGUCAGCUGACCUAUCAAAUUCAAGUGCAGGAACCGGAGGACCAUCCGGUGGACAUUUAUUACCUCAUGGACCUGUCAGCGUCUAUGAUUGAUGAUCUGAAAAUGAUCAAAGACUUGGGAUCGACGCUCUCCAAAGAGAUGGCUAAGCUUACAAGCAAAUUCAGACUAGGAUUCGGUUCCUUUGUGGAGAAACCAGUUCUGCCUUUCAUCAAGAUAACACACGAAGAGUUGGCCAAUCCCUGCAGGAGUGUUGAUUAUGAAUGUCUCCCCACAUUUGGAUACAGACAUCUUCUGUCAUUAACAAGCAGUACUGAUAAGUUUAAUGAGAUCAUCUCAAAGCAGCAGGUAUCGGCGAACAUCGACGUUCCAGAGGGCGGUUUUGACGCCAUCAUGCAGGCUGCUGUGUGCGGGGACAGGAUUGGCUGGCAGAACAAUUCCAUGAAGCUGCUGGUGUUCGUGAGCGAUGCAGAUUCUCAUUUUGGGAUGGACAGCAAAAUGUCCGGCAUCGUUGUCCCCAAUGACGGAGAGUGUUACCUGGAUGACAGCAAUGAGUAUUCCAUGACUGCCCAACUGGAGUAUCCAACAUUAGGGCAGCUUAUCGACAAACUGGUUGAAAACAAUAUCCUCCUCAUAUUCGCUGUGACUGAAAAUCAGAGACAGAACUAUGAGAAUUAUGCAAGUCUGAUUCCUGGUGCUACUGUGGGGGUGUUGGCAUCCGAUUCAAGGAACAUUCUGGAACUCAUCAUGACCUCAUAUAAGGAACUGAGGUCAGAGAUCGAUCUGGAGGUUCUGGGCAACACUGAGGGUCUGCAGAUUUCCUUCACAGCACUCUGUCAGGAUGGGACCAUCAUCCCCGGAUGUAAAAAAUGCUCCAAUGUCAAAGCUGGUGAUGUGGUAUCUUUUAAUGUUACUGUUGAGUUAAAAAGCUGUCUUGCCGGUCUACGGAGGUUUUCCUUGCGGCCUGUGGGUUUCCAAGAUGCUCUGGAGAUCGAACUAGAGUCUCAGUGUGUGUGUCACUGUCAUCAAACCCCUGAAGUGAACAGUGCCUUCUGCAGCCGAGGCCGCGGGGCGCUGGAGUGUGGCGCCUGUGUGUGUGAUCCAGGCUUUGUGGGGCCGAAGUGUGAAUGCACAGAGGGUCAAGAACAAAUCAGUGACUGCAGGGCACAUGAAGGUGCAGAGAUGUGCAGCGGCCAGGGCGAGUGUUUCUGCGGACAGUGUGUGUGUCACCCGUCUAGUUUCGGUCGUGUGUAUGGGCCAUACUGCGAGUGCGACAACUUUUCCUGCCUCAGGUUCAGAGGAGAGCUUUGCGGAGGUCACGGGGAAUGUGAAUGUGGCGAGUGUGUGUGUCACAGCGGUUGGAUGGGAGAGUUCUGUAACUGCAGCACCAGCAAAAACUCAUGCAUGUCUCCAGAUGGUUCCAUCUGCAGCAGACGGGGCAAGUGUGUAUGUGGGAAGUGUGAGUGUAGCGUUCCCGGAGCCUCAGGAGAGUGGUGCCAAAGGUGCUCAACCUGUGGAGAUAUCUGUAGCUUACCCAGGACUUGUGUGGAGUGUUACCUCAAAGCUAAGGACCCGUUGGACGAGUGUGCCGUGAAGUGUAACUCCCUACAUGUCACUGUCAGCAAUUCCACAGAUUUUGAAGAGAGUCUGGCGACACUGUGCACCUUACAGAGUGAGGACCACUGUCCACUGUCUUUCAGCUUGGUGGACAGUGAUCAUGGCAGCAUCAUUUACAACCCCAAGCUUUACGACUGCCCUGAGCCGCCAAGCGCUCCGUUGAUCGCUCUGGGCGUGUGCAUGUCUGUCCUCAUUAUUGGCAUUAUGCUCCUUGUGAUCUGGAAGUUUCUUAUUUCAGUCCAUGACCGGAAAGAGGUUGCCAAGUUUGAGGCAGAGAAGGCAAAAGCAAAAUGGCAGUCGGGCACGAAUCCUUUAUUCAGGAGCUCGACGUCAACAUUUAAAAAUGUGACCUACAAAAGCGCAGGGCAGCAGAAGACUUAUAUUUUUUAGGGCUACUGA